UAUUUAUAUUUUAUAUUUACAUAAAUUUGUUUUUUAGAAAUGGGGUCUUCAUCCUGUUUUUUAAAAAAGGAUGAGCUAAUGGUAUGGAAACCAAAUGACGUCAUGCAUGGUGGGUGUUGCUUCAUUCAGAAUGUCAACUCCAAGAAGGAAGUUACAUCGUCUUCACUUUGAGGCUGAGAGAGUUGAACAACGUCCAGCGGCUGCUGGACAGACAAGAAAUGCCCAGACUGGAGGUAUUGCUGCUCUUUGUGCUGCAGUUGGAAGGUAUCAGUGGAGAUGGACCUGAUUUCUAUCGCACAGUUGGAGAUGAUGUUGUUUUUCCUUGUGUUGGUCCAUCUUCUUCAUCGUGCCGCAGUGUUAAAUGGCUUUAUAACGACAUUCUUGGCAGAAUCACUGAGGACAAAGUCACAGAUGGAAAUAUUGACCAGAAGUCAGUUAAUGCUGCCAGGCUGAGUUUGAACACUGACUGCUCUCUGAUCAUAAAGAACAUCAUUCCUGAGGAUGCUGGACGUUACACCUGCAGGAGAGGAAACACAGACAGCCUAAUGCAUCUGAAUAUUUUAUCCAUCUCUCCAUCUCAACCAGCUGGUGAUGCAACAAAGGAUGGAAAUAUAAAUCUACAAUGUUCUCUGUGGAGCUUUUCACAGACCACAUGUUCAGUUAACAGACUCGUCUGGAUAAACGACACAGGAAACAAACUAGUUGGUGAAGAUGUCACCGACCAGAAGACCAGUUCACAGAUCCGGUGUGUUUCCUCUCUGACUGUGAAGCCUCUGAAUAACAGAUACACCUGCCAGUUUAUUCAGAGAAACACAGUGAAGGUAGAAGCUCACUACCCACCUUUAUCUACAGAUCAGACUCUGAUCUACAUCAUUGGACCGGUGCUGGGAGUGGGGCUGCUGCUGCUGGCUGCCAUCGCUGCUGUUCUCAUCAAUUGCAGAAGGAGAACCAAACAGUCAGACGAGCCCAAGAACUCCAAUUCAGAUGUCAGAAAAACAAACAAUCAAAUUCACCAAAAUGCGGAGUCGCCGUCCACUCUGACGUAUUCAUCGAUCCGCCAUUUUACUCCAAACUCCCCUCUCAGGGUCACAGUUCAACACGAUGAGGUCACUUAUUCUGCUCUGAAGCCUGAAAUGGAGACGGACUUCGAUCUCAGCAGUCUCUACAGUCGUGUCAUCAAACCAGAAUAAACCAGACAGGAUGACAUGAAUUAUCAUGACUUUGCAUUAGUAAACCUCUUAAAAGGAAGUGACAAGUGUGUUUCUCCAUAAAUGGACACAUAGUUCUAGUUUAUUAUUGAGGAAGUGCAACUAUGUUUUUUUUUCUUUGCAUUUAAGAUUUCAUCAUAAAAAACCCCAGUGAAAAAAGCUGCGAGAAAAAGCUAAGAAAAAGAAGAAGCUAUUAGGAAACUACUUGAUCAAAUGAGGAGAUCAAUAACCAAAGCUCAUCCUGGAAAUCCAUUUAAUUCCAUCAUUUAGUGGGAGGAUGUGACUGUAUUACACUGGAAUGUCUCAAACAUCAAAUUGGUGGUUAAAAUAUUUAGAUUGUUUUUGUGCGAUAUGCAAGAAAAGUACCAAAUGUAGUUGGAUAUAAAAAAGGCAACUGUAAUGGUUGCCCUGGCUACCCUUUAGCCAGUUAGCUAAAGGGUCCUUGACUCAGACUGACAGCAUCUGCAGCAUCAGGAUUUAGUAAACCAGGUUUCCUGAAUCUGAUGUUUUGUGGAAGUGGUUGGGCAAUAUUCCCCACAAACAGAUUAUGUGGAGAGCAGAAGGUUCUCACAUGGUUAUUACAUCAGAUUAAUCUGUCAUACAGAAGAGGUUAACACCAAGCGCUAAUUAGCAUGUGGCUAACACAAUCAAAAACAGUUUAAUCUCUUUCACUCCUAUUAAAGAUCUUAAAAGUGCUGUGCAUCUUUUCCCAGCAAAUGUGAAAAAUAUUAGUUUGACUUUUUAUUCUUUAGUUAAAAAAUCUAAACAAGUUUAUGAAUUUUCUUAAUACUUAAGUCUUAACUGAGUUUGGAUUAUGAGCUGCAAAAUUAAGUGUUUGAAAAUCAACUAAUAUGUAGCCUCAGUAGAGAUUUUGCAUAAACUUCAUUCUUCAGGUUUUUUAUAUUGCCUUUAACAAUAAGAGAUUCUCAGUUAUGUAACAAUAUAAAUUUAUUCUAUACGUGUUUUUUCUCUGUCUUAAUAAAAUUUUAAAUAAUUGUGAA